AACUAGCAGCCUUAUCAGUAGAAAGGCUGGCAGAGACUCAGAAAGGCUGAAGGGUUGCAAACUUGCAGGAGGGAUCGAAGAACUGAUGGAAGCGCGGAUAUUAUCAGCCUGACAAAAGAUGUUUGGUUUGACAGCUGAUCCGAGGGUUGUUUCUGUUGUUGUUGUGUGAGAGAGAGAGAGAGAGAGAGAGACUGAGAGAGGGGAGGGGAGGGGAGUUUCGAGUCAAUUUCAUGCGAAGGGUUCCCUGCCAGAAGAUUUGAGACUUUUCAUGCUGCAUUGUGUGGAGCGGGAAGCUGGAUGCAGGACAGCGGCAAGGCUGACUCCGGCCAACCCCACUGGUCAGUCUCCGGGCUCGUCCACCGGGCUUCCUCGUCCGAGAUGAACUCCGGCGACGCCAAAGACUACCUUUCGAGAAGGGAGAUACCUCAACUGUUCGAGAGCAUGUUGACAGGGCUGAUGUACUAUCGGCCUGACGAUCCAAUAGAAUACCUCGAGGGUUGUUUGCAGAGAGUACGGGAGUUAGGAGGGCCAGAGAAAGUGAAGUGGGACACGUUUAUCUCCCAGGAGCGUCAACCAUUACCUCCAAUCAACGGCGGACAAGGGAAGAAGCCAAUAUUUCGAACAGUAGAACCAGGAGUUGCUCCUUAUCGUCGCUAUGACCGCUUGCCCCCAAUCCAGGCCCAAUUUUCAAUUGAAAGUGACUCAGAUAUGACAGAAUCUUCUGGACUGAUUCAAGAAUAUGAUGUGUUCGACCCAACCAAAACAAGGCCGUGCAUUAUUUUUGUCAUUGGUGGUCCUGGGAGUGGGAAAGGAACGCAAAGUGCCAAGAUGGCCAGGCAAUACGGAUUUGAGUCCAUUUCAGUGGGAGAGAUCUUACGUCGACAGAUGCUGCACCAUGCGACCAGCGACCGGAAGUGGGAGCUCAUCGCACAGAUCAUUGCCAAUGGGGAAUUGGCACCUCCAGAAACGGCUAUUGAGGAGCUAAAGCAUCAGUUUAUGAAGCACCAGGAUGCAAAAGGCUUCAUCGUAGAUGGAUUUCCCAAGGAGAUCAGCCAGGCCUUCACAUUUGAAGAACAGAUUGGUUCCCCAGACUUGGUGCUGCUGCUUGCAUGUUCCAAUCACCGGUUACGUCAGCGCCUGGAGAAGCGAGCAGUGCAGCAGGGCAGGCCCGAUGACAAUAGUCACGCCAUUGAACGGAGGGUAGAAAACUUCAAACAGAACAUCAACUUGAUUGUGAAGUAUUACCAGGAGAAGGAGCUCAUUGUUCGGUUGGAUGCAGAUCGUGAAGAGAAUGAAAUAUUCAGUGACAUCAAUGCUGUGGUUUUGAAGAGACUGUUCCCAGCAGGAAGAGACGAGAUAACUGGACAGGAGAUGGCGCAGGCUCAUGACAAGGGCGAGAGAGAAUGGGAAAGGCUGGAGCCAGAUGUUCAGACGGAAGGAUCGUUGCCCACGGAGGAUAUCGCAAUGUCAGACAAACUGAAAGAUCGCAAGAUUAUCUUUGUUGUCGGUGGCCCAGGAUCUGGCAAGGGAACUCAGUGUGAGAAGAUUGUGCAUAAGUAUGGCUACACUCACCUGUCCACUGGAGACCUGCUGAGGGCAGAAGUCUCUUCAGGGUCGGAGAGAGGAAAGAAUUUCCAUAAAAUCAUGGAGGGAGGGGGUCUCGUACCUCUGGAAACUAUCCUGGAAAUGCUGAAGGACGCUAUGAUUGCCAAGGCAGAUGUCUCAAAGGGCUUCCUGAUCGAUGGCUACCCCCGGGAAGUGAAGCAAGGAGAAGAAUUUGAGAAGCGGAUUGGCCCUCCUACCCUGCUCUUGUACAUUGAUGCUGGAAAAGAGACAAUGAUCAAACGUCUCCUGGGACGAGGGAAGACCAGUGGGCGCUCCGAUGACAAUGAAGAAACCAUCAAAAAACGCCUGGAGACCUACUACAAAGCAACCGAACCCGUCAUCAACUUCUAUCAACCCAGGGGCAUCAUCAGGAAGGUAAAUGCGGAGGGUUCAGUGGACGAUGUCUUCACUCAAGUUUGUACUGCUCUUGAUGCAUUGAAGUGAACGGAAGACAGAAGUGUUACAACAAUACCCCUCCUCUCCCUUUGCCCUCUAGAGAAGCCUUUAUCCUCCUAGUCUCACUUUCAGCCAGUCACAGACAAUGUUACAAAAAGAGCAGCUUCAUUGGUUAACCUAAUAGGUGACUGGGAAUCCAAAGGCUUCUCAUCUGGAAAUUUGAUUGGAUCCAUUUCUGCAUUAUGUAGUGCUACUGCAAGUGGUUGGGAGACACCAGGUGAACCAUAACUUUAUAUCUCCAAUGCCAGACUACUGAACAACAUCCACUGAAUAGAAUGGCACUCAAGCGUCAUUUGAAAUCAAUAUGACCCCUCCACAGCAAGCAAUGGCCCGACUCCAGCUCUCAUUGCUUUGUAACCCAAGUUCCUACCCAGAACAAGUAGGGAAAUGGGUUCAGACAUGCUGCUGGCCUUUUUGCGGUCUCAGUAGACUAUCUGUCAAGCAGCAUUAAAUCAGAGACAAAUGCUUAAACUCCCAGCUAGACAAUUUGCUGGGGUUUUGAGAUCACUUAUGGAUGUUUUCUCUUUUUGACCAUUUUCUGCCACCUUUAUAGAGCCGCUGAUUUCCCAGUCAGGUUCAGGCUAGUAAUCAGGUAUAAAAUGGUCAAGUGUAUCACAUUCUGAGACUGUUAAACUGAUCUGUUUAGUGCGCAAAUUGUUCGGGGUGCAUUGGUGAACCAAAUCUUCCCACACAUCAGAAUUUUCCUACCAAUUUCUGGAACAGGCAGCUGGGAGUGAAUCUUUCCCUGUGCUAAUCGGUUUUUGUGGAUAAUGACAUUGACAUUUACCCAAAUUUCACAGUAUGAGAUCUAUCCAAACAUCUGGAAUAGUUUUAAUUGAAAUAUGUAACACAAACUCAAACAGACAAAAUUGUUUUAGCUAAUUUAAUGCACCUUGCCUUAUUGUCACUUUUUUCCUCCUAUUUUCCAUUAUUUUAACGGAAGGCUCUUUUGGUCUAUUGGUCUCAUUUCCUCAAUUAGCUUCAAAGAUUAUGCUAAAAUCUUUUGCUUAUGCCUGCUCUCUACCCACUUGCUUUUUGAGCUGGGAGAAAUAGCCCUCCCCCAACCAAAGAAAAAGCUUGGUCCUCAUUGGUUGGAAAUUGGUUUUAGAAAUGUGUCAUCCAGCCAAUCCAAAUCCCUGUUCUGCAGAUUGACACUGGAUCAGGCCAAUCAAUGGGGUGUCAGAAUGGCCGGGGUGGGGGGGGAGGGGAGGGGAUUUGCUGAAGGAGCCUGUCAUAGCCCCGAACCAUCAAAACAAAUCAAAAUCAAUUUAGGAAGAUGGGAAACAGGAGGAGGCCAUUCAGCCCCCUCAAGCCUGUUCUGCCAUUCAAUGAGAUCACGGCUGAUCCGUAUCUUAUCUUUCGCCACUUACCUUGCCCCAUAUCCUUCUAUACCCUUGUGGCUUGCUUGUGGUGUUCUAAGAGUUCACUAGCAAGCAAAAGUACUGCAUUAGCUGAGAAGCAAAAUCUUUGUACCAUAAUAAAAGUUAGCUUUCUCCAGCUUUUGCUAAAAUAGGAAAUAGAGUCUGCACUUUAUAAAUGGCUGCCUUUUUCUCCUACCAAGGCCUGUAUUUAUAUAUUCCAUUACGCAUUCCUUGGAACCACUUUCUCCCUGUUAUGCAUAACUCAUUGAAGACUCAAAACUAAUUUUCCAUUUCAAAAAAAGUCAAUAAUCUUGACUACAUUUAAUCUAACAUGUAGAGCAGUGAUCUGUCUGUGAAAUUCUGGAGCUGGCUAUUGUGAGAUACAGUUACAGGAUACCUGUGUAUUAUACUCUCAAUAAAUUUCAGGAAAUCUGACAGUCUUAUAUAUUUUUAUUUUGAGGCAGAAGUGCGAGUGCAGUCCCUCGGUGGGUUCUGCAUACUCUUUCAUGUGAAAGAUCAAAGCAAGAAACUAUUUGCAGAUGGACUAUGUCUUUUCCUCUGUGUGGAAUCUUACUAUGGGCAAUCCACAUCCUGCAACCUCCUGAGUAACAUUUCAUUCUUUCCAUUUCCCCUUUGUAAACUACGAGUCACAAUUUUCUAAAGCCUUGUUACGGUGUUUAACAGAACAAAGUGGGGAGGGGGGGAAUAUCACAGGGGUCUGAGCAAAAUAGGACCCAGAACUAUCAUUUUUUUAAAUGAAAUCAUGCUGUGGGCUAUUGAUAAAAGAACAUUACACUGUUGUCAUAUGAAUUUUCUUUGGUGUUUUUAAAUUCAACUGUCAACAAUUAAUGCCUUUGUUAUAAUAGCAAAGAGUUUCACAUGGUCCUGUUAACGUGUUCAUCACCAAUAUUGCACAUUGUGAGUUCAAAGCAUUAGUGAUGUGUAGAGGUAUUCUAACCGGUUGUAGAUGUGCAACAUUCUUUGUCUUCCUGUGUCGUCAACCAAACCAGCAAUUUUUUUCUCUCUCUCUCUCUCUAAUGCUGUUACAAACGAGCCCAUUGGCGCCUCAGCUGAUCAUUUGGACUGGAGGAGGUGAUUGAAUGUAAAUUUAAUAAAACAGAACUGACCUCGCCA